AUGCCUGGAAGGAUGCAGGCAAGAGAGCUGCAGUCCCCUGGCUCUGGGCAUCGUGCCCGGGCCCUGCAGAGAGGGGAGGAGUGGGGCGAGGAGUCAGUCCUGCCCCGGCGCCUCUGCAGUCCCUGCGGGGAGGAGAUUUACAGCCCCCAGGAGCUGGGAGCUUACAGAGAAAAAGCCUGGUGCUGCACUUCCAAAGGAUGCUGCCUGCAGCACCCGAGGCUCCCCACCGGAUGUCAACACCACCGCUCUGAGGAGCACACCGCCGGGGCCAGCCCGGCCUGUGGGGGGCCGAAGGCCACUCCUGCCGCCCCUGUGUCUGCUGGGCCCAGGCUGGACCCAGACUGCCCUGGCCUCUGGUUCCCCACCCCCACGCUGCCCAGAUCAGGAGCAGCAAGAGGACAGCAGCUCCGGGGACCAGGGACGACUCCAGCCCCGCCCUCGGAGGCAUGCACCGCUCGCUCCUGCCGAGGGGGCCGCCAUGGGUCCUUCUUGCGAACAGUGCUGCUUGGUACCCAGGCGAGACCCCCGUGCUGCAGGUCCACGUGCCGCCCCCCACCGGACCCCAUCGGGCCGGGGCUCUGCCAGCAGAACCGGCGCCUGAGGGCGGAGCGCAGGGAGGCUGCGAGCGGGCAGGUGCAGGAGCAGGGGCGCGUGUGGGGCAGGGGCCGGGCUUGGCUGACAGGACCCACCAGCGCGACGUCGCCCCCCCAGACCUACUGUCAGCGUAGACGUCUAUGCAGCACGCGGCUGCCUCACACCUGA